ACCGGCAAAUCAAGAAACCUGUCCCAUUGUCCCGGCCAGUGCCGGCACUCUCCAUCCCUUGUUUGCCUCCUCCCAUUUAAACCCUCACCCUCACACACACACUGCAGUCUGCAGGGAAAUGAUUCCGCGUUCGUAUUAUACUAAGGCGGAGGCGCAGAGCAAGGCCGCCGAGAUGGCCACCGCCGUCUUAGGCGCUACUUCGCCGCUGCAGAUCGUGGCCGCCUGCGCAGAGGUGGAGUCUUUCCUCCAGAAACAUACCCCGGACCAGUCCCGCUGGUUUUUCUCCCUCACUUUCCCUACCCUAAUCUGCAAAAUCUUCGGCUUCGACUGUGCUGCUAAGCUAGCUCAGUCCCCCACCGGUUGGCUCGAUAUUGCCGCUCUAUCGGAUGAUCCCCAGCUCUCAGGUAGACUCUUCAGCUUACUAUCCCCCAAUGGUGUGUUACUGUCAUCAAUUGCAGCUGUUGAUGACUUAUCUCUGGUUAAAUAUGUGUUUCCGGUUGAAAGAUUGCCAGUAUGGGUUCAGCAUAUGCUUCAAACCGAGAAUUCUAGGAUAUUGUCCGACUUGUGCCCAUUGUUUAGGGGUAGGUUGAAGGAGGAUUCAAUCAAGGGUCCAGUUUCUCAGGUUCAUUUGAAUGUUUUUGAGUAUUAUACUUUUUGGUUUGCAUAUUACCCUGUUUGUAGGCGCUGUAGUGAAACCCCACCAGCUGUUAGCGUUAAGAGAAGCAGAGAAUUUAGGUUCAAGAAUUGGGCUUAUUCCAUUCCUCAUUUAUCAAACAAUAAGCCUGGAACAGAGUGGAAAAAGGAUGGCAAUCUUUAUGCACGCCUCUUAUUCGCGUAUCUUCAUGCUUAUGUAUAUAUGCACGACUUGAAUGCUCAUCAACCAUACUGUAGCUCACUACUGCAUUACUCUUCAGUAUAUAACACAUUUGUUGCUGAACAAGCAGAGUUUUUCUUUAAUACACUAAUACACUUUUGGCUAGUGGACAAUGAUUUUUCACCAUUGCCAGUGAACUUGUGCAAGAUGUAUGGUGUGUUGAAACUUUUCCAUCCAGUUUUGAAUGAGACUCCCCCGAAUUCAAGAUUAUGUGAGGUGGUGAAUGUUCUUGUGAAAUAUUUGAACUUGAACUCAUUUACACUUGAGAGUCCUAGAAGGAAUUCAGGGUCAGCUGAUACUGUUAAAUCAAGGGAUGAUGCAUUGAGUAUGCAUUCUUUUAAUUAUUGGCACCCAUGGGUCCAGAGGCCUUUGUAUAGAUUUAUAUUAAGGACAUUUAUGUUUUCACCUGUGUGCAGUCACUUAAAAACUGCAUCUCAAGUCUUCACUGUUUGGGUUAAUUACUUGGAACCUUGGACGGUCAGUUUGGAAGAGCUUGAUGCAGGUUUAGACUUAACCUCUAAAGAUAUGCAAAAGGAGGUUACUAAUUCAUUGACACGUGGAUAUUCUUCUGCUUGGCAGGGUUUUGUGUUGGCUAACUAUUUGUUUUACAGCUCUCUGGUUAUGCAUUUUAUUGAGUUUUCACACAGAUUUCUUCACACAGAUCCUGAAAUAAUUGUCCAGAUGAUGUUGAAGGUGAUAGUCAUAUUAACUUCAUCUGUGGAGCUAACAGAUCUCAUAAAAAAUGUGGACUCUGUUUUCCAUUCAAAAUCAUCUGGAUCAUCCAAAUCAAUGCUUAACUUAGAUCAGUUUACUCCUGCAAUUCAUGAACAGUUACAGGACUGGGAAGAUGGUUUAUGCAAGAGUGAGGUUGAUGGAUCUUCCCUACCCGAGAUUGGAAACAAAGGCUUAAAACUUUUCAGUUACAGUGAAGAUGGUGGACAGAAAUUGCUACAGCUCUUUGUAUUGCGAGCGGAGUCUGAGCUGCAAGCUAUGGGUGGGGACAAACUUGCACAAAACUUAGAAUGUUUGGACACACUCAAAUCCCAACUAGUGCACUUAUUUGGCGCCCCUAUUAUGAAGACGCCUAUUAGCAUGUCAGAGACAACAUACUGUGAGCACCGACGUGAUGAAAUUUUUAAGCCCCGAAGUUUUGGGCACCGUGCAGUGGUUGAUUUCAAGUGCAAGGAUGAUUGGAUGAAACGUCCCAUCUGCAAUGAUGAGAUCGCAUGGUUAGCAAAGCUUCUGGUGAAGUUCUCAGCCUGGAUAAAUGAGAGUCUAGGGCUUAACCGGGACAUGAUGGGCAUGAGCAGCCAUAAGGGUAGUCCUUCUUGGUCCUACAUUGAGUUGUCAUCCAAAAUCGUGUGUGGGACCGCAGAGACGAUGAAAGCGGUGUUAUGGUUUUUCCUAUCUUGGCUCAUUUGUUUGAGUGGGGUAGGAGUUGAGUUAAUGAGAAAGCAUGGGUUGCAGGUGAACUUUAGGGUGCUAGCCUUGAAGAAGGUAGUGAUGAUGUUGCUUAUUAUUUCUGCAUAUUUUGUAGUAAAGAAGGGUUUCACAACCUCUCAAACUGGGUUGAGAAACCUGACAGUGUGAAGAAAUAAUUUAUCUGAAACAAAAGAGGAAGAAGGAGCUGAAUGUUGCCCAGUGAGUCAUGAAAAAGAGAAAAAAUGAGAAGAGAAACAAGAGCUCAUUGCUGUUGCUGUUGUAGUUAGUAUAAAGAUUAGUGUGCAUUAAUGAUAUAAUUUGAGACUUUAGACAUGAGGUCUCAAAUUCAAUUUUGUUUGUUGCUUACAACUUAUACAAAAUUACAUUUAUACAGGUUAAACUUGAUUCAUUUUCUAUAUUCAUUAUAAUGAAUAGAGAAAAGUGAUAUUAUAUUUA